CACGCGUCUCCGACCGGCUGCCCCCCACUCCCCCACUUCGACCCGGGGGCGCCCUCUCUCUGUCUCCGGAACCCUUCCAGCCUUCUCGCUCCUGGAACCCAGACCUCAACCCUUCCGUCCCCGACCAUCGACCCCCGAAGGACCUGGCGGUGUCCAGAUUUCCAGAAGCAUCCCCCAUCCAGCCCCCGGCGAUCGUGCGGAACCUGGCGGCUGGGGACGCGGGAGAAGCGGCGAGGGCUAGCUGGAGAUGGACACGGCGGAGAAGAUGCGGUGGCCCUUUUCGGACGGCAGCGUCACCGAUCUCCUGGACGCCCGCAGCCUCCACGGCUCCCCCGUAAGGCCCCGUGGAGCAGCAAACCCCUGGGAUUUCUCCUAGCGCUUUAGGCGGCAUUUAUGCUUUGCUUUGGAUCGAAUUGGUCGAUUCGUAAGGGUUCGUGUCGGCGAAUCGAUGAUUCAAAGUGAUUGGCGGGGGCGGUUUUGGAUGAGUUAGUGGGUGCUGGGUUGCAUUUCCGGAUCGUUACUUUUGAUUAGGUUGAAACUCAGAAGGGUUUGUGGACAUGGAGGAACCAGCUGUUGUUCGAUGCGCAGCCUGAUACCAGUAAUUGGAUUAGAAUAGCGGUUUGCUAUAUACCGUAUCUGUCUUUAGAAAUUAAUUAAUAUCGGGCCACUUCUGAAAUGGUGCAGUAUCAAGUUGACUUCAGAAUUCUUGCUCUUUAUGUGGUGCAAACCUGAAACAACCUGCUGAAUGUUCAAGGUGAAAGUGAAACAAUACAAAAGAACACAUAUUGAUCUAUUCUUGGUGGUGGUGAGGUCUUUAGAGUGUGCAUACAGCAUACUGGUCCUUACCACCUAAUAUGUGGCAUGCUCUUCGCAGUAGCUCUUUUCUUCUCAACUUACAUAUGUAUGGUGACUUAUGGACCAGUUAUAAAUACAUGGGCAGCAGCAACAACAACAACAACAACAACAACAAAGCCUUUUAUCCCAAGCAAGUUGGGGUAGGCUAGAGUUAAAAACCCAAUAGAAACCAUAAUCAAGGUUCGGGCACAUGGAUAUCUGUUUUGCAUGCAUUUCUAUACAAGGCUAAAUAUUUGGGCAUGGACCAUCCUUUCAAGUCCCCUUUUGCUUUUUCUUCCUAUGUCAAUUUCGGUCUUCAUCUUCCUCUCUUCUCAUUGCUACCGUGCCUUAGGAUCCCAUUAUGCACUGGCACCUCUGGAGGUCUCCGUUGGAUAUGUCCAAACCAUCUUAUCGGUUGGACAAGCUUUUCUUCAAUUGGUGCUACCCAUAGCCUAUCACACAUAUCAUCGUUCUGGAUUCAAUAAUUAUUUAUUUAUUCAUGAAACUAUAUUCAGGAAUAAAAGAAGGCAGCAAACAUCAUAUAUAAGCCUUGAAGAAAUUGAUCCACCACAUGAAACAUGUCAUUUGUGUUAGAAAGAGCAAUGAAAAGGAACACCAAUGCCCCCAAGGCCCCAACUAUCCACAUUCUUGUUUGCUUAGUUACCAGGCAAAGAGGUCUGGUCCAGCAUCACCAUCAACUGAAGCAUUCACGACAAAUGGCUCUUCUUUCUUGGAAUUUGAUUUUAUAUAGUUCAGCAACUGCUUUCCUGCAGCAUUACUUGGUUAGGACAUUAAGAAAAAAGCACAGUUUCAUUCUUCUCUAGUGCAAAAGCUUGCUUUGGAAAAGGAGAUGGAGGGUCAUGUUGGUUGCGUGAAUGCUAUCGCGUGGAACUCAAGUGGUUCGCUUCUUGUAUCAGGAUCAGAUGACACUAGAAUUAACCUCUGGAAUUAUAAUAAUCGAGAGCUGGUGCAUGAUAUUGACACUGGCCAUUCUGCAAAUAUCUUUUGCACCAAGUUUGUCCCUGAAACAUGUGAUGAAGUAGUAGUUUCUGGAGCAGGAGAUGCAGAGGUUCGUGUUUUCAAUAUGUCUCGAUUAAGUGGCAGAAGGCCUAGAGAAAUUUCUAUGGAACCAACAAUGGUUUACCAGUGUCACUCAAAAAGGGUCAAGAAACUAGCUGUUGAACUUGGCAAUCCUAACGUAGUGUGGAGUGCAAGCGAGGAUGGUACUCUGAGACAACAUGAUUUUCGGGAGUGUAGUUCCUGUCCUCGUGCAGGAUCCGCUAAUCAGGAAUGUCACAAUGUGCUUCUUGAUCUACGGUGCGGAGCAAAGAAGUCUUUAGCCGAUUUACCCAAACAUCCAUUGGCACUGAAGUCUUGUGACAUUAGCUCUGUUUGUCCCCAUCAAAUCAUUGUCGGUGGGAGUGAUGCAUUUGCUAGGCUGUAUGAUAGGAGAAUGCUUCCACCAUUGAGCUCGUGCCAAACCAAAACGAAGCCGCCACCGUGCGUUAAAAUGUUCUGCCCAUUGCAUCUUGCUAACAGUAAGAAGACAUAUUUGCACCUUACACAUGUUGCAUUCAGCCCAAAUGGGAAGGAGGUUCUUUUAAGUUACAGUGGUGAACAUGUUUAUCUGUUUGAUGUUGACCCAGAUAAUCUGAGUUCAGUUAGAUACACAGCAGACUAUGUACGGGAACAAUUAUUUGUACCCCCUUUUCACAAAGUACCAGCAAAAGAACAUGCAAAAGAAAAGAAGACUUCAGUAAAUACAGCUCCAAGAAAUUUGUCUAGGGUAGAUAUGUGCAAGAAAUUUAUGCAAGUUGCAACAAGAUCUCUGGAGAUAGGCAAGAACUUAAUGCACGGGAUUGAAGCAUGCAGUGAAGUUCUUGAAUCAACGGAACCAGAUAUUGAUGAUGACAUGAGGCAUGGGUUUUUGUGUACUCGAGCAGCAUUGUACCUAAAGAGGAAGUGGAAAAAUGAUGUUUACAUGGCGAUUCGGGAUUGUAAUAGAGCGCGGAAGAUUGAUGCCACAUCAUAUCAAGCGCACCUACAUAUGGCUGAGGCACUAUUGCAGUUAGGAAGACUGAAGGAGGCAUCUGAGUAUGCAGAGGCAGCAAAUAGGCUUCUUCCCCCUCAUUGUCAAUUGAGCCAGCAGGUGGAUGAUUUCAAGCAACGCGUUGCUUCAGCUGAGCUUGAGAAGAACAGAAUGGAUCAAAAUGGGAACUCCAAAGCUGAUACUCAUGGAAAAUUACGCUCAUUGAGUGAGAUAUUAUUUAGACCUGAUGUUGGUGGUUCAUCAGAGGAGGGGCGAGAAGAUUCAGAUUAUGAUGAUGAAAUGGAGUUGGACUAUGAGACAUCAGUAUCUGGUGAUGAAAGCCGAGAGAAUGAUCAAGAUAUCUUACGGGGCAGAUUAAGUUACCGAUUUCAUCAAAGAGAGGAUCAAACCAAUGAACACACUGGUGAGAAUGGGUCAAUCGAGUUCGCUCAAAACGAUGAUUUUGCUUUUCAGUCAGAUGUUGCCAUCGAUAUGAAACAAAGAUAUGUUGCACACUGCAACGUUGGAACAGAUAUCAAACAAGCCAGCUUUCUUGGUGAGCAAGGGGAGUUCAUUGCCAGUGGAAGUGAUGAUGGUAGAUGGUUUAUAUGGGAGAAAAGAACAGGAAGGCUUAUUAAAAUGCUUGCAGGGGAUGGAGCUGUUGUGAACUGCAUACAGUCUCAUCCCUUCGAUUGUGCUGUUGCAACAAGCGGAAUUGAUAACACAAUAAAGCUUUGGACACCCGAUGCAAAUGCUACAUCUAUGGUUGCUGGACCAGAACUUGAUGUAUUAAGUGCCAUAGAGAAUAACCAGCGGACGUUAUGUCGGAAGCGUCAAAUUGUACUGCCUUUUGAAUUUUUGGAACGAGUUCGGAUGCGAGAGUUUUCAGAAAGUUUCGAGUGUAACCAGAGCUGAUUUACUAUCGCUGGAGUUGCUGAGCUUCUUCAGGAAAAGGGUAAUAGUUGGAAGAAUGAUAUCAUCCAAGCUACAAGCAGCCUAUGUUUGAAGUAGUGAAAUCGCAAGGCCUUGCUACGAAUAGAGUGUAGACACACCUGGAUAGAUAAGCAGGUGUGCUGGUGCUGAAACUAUUACUUGAGAUGUCAAUAAACAUUGGAAUUAUGUUGUGGUUUGGGGUGGUAUAAUGAUUCAUACGUGUGUAAUGCAGUGUGGAUUCAUUCCCUUUACAGAUUGUAGAUAUAGGUGAAAUUCUGCAGUAAGUGAAAAUCACAAAUGUAAAUGUGCGGUAUUGUCUCUGCGUGCCGCAGGCAGGUCAUGCUAGUUUGUGGUUGACGAUUGGGGCAUAUCUUCCCGUAUGGCUUGUUCAAUUAUUUCUAAUACAUACGGAUUCCUAAUA